AUGCAGAGGCUCACCAUGACCAAGUCGUACAGCGAGAGCGGGCUGAUGGGCGAGCCCCAGCCGCAGGGCCCCCCGAGCUGGACGGACGAGUGCCUCAGCUCCCAGGACGAGGAGCACGAGGUGGACAAGAAGGAGGAGGACCUGGAGGGUCUGCACGCCGAGGCCGAGGAGGACUCGCUGCGGAACGGAGAGGAGGAGGACGAGGAGGACGACUUGGACGAAGAGGAGGAGGAAGAGGAGGAGGAGGAAGACGACGACCAGAAGCCCAAGAGGCGGGGCCCCAAGAAGAAGAAGAUGACCAAGGCGCGCAUGGAGCGGUUCAAGCUGCGGCGCAUGAAGGCGAACGCCCGGGAGCGCAACCGCAUGCACGGGCUGAACGCGGCCCUGGACAACCUGCGCAAGGUGGUGCCCUGCUACUCCAAGACGCAGAAGCUCUCCAAGAUCGAGACCCUGCGCCUGGCCAAGAACUACAUCUGGGCGCUCUCGGAGAUCCUCCGCUCGGGCAAGAGCCCGGACCUGGUGUCCUUCGUGCAGACCCUCUGCAAGGGCCUGUCGCAGCCCACCACCAACUUGGUGGCCGGCUGCCUGCAGCUCAACCCGCGGACUUUCCUCCCCGAGCAGAGCCAGGAGGUGCCGCCGCACGUGGCGGCGGCGGCGGCGGGCGCGCCCUUCGCGGCGCAUCCCUACCCGUACCAGUCGCCGGGCUUGCCCAGCCCACCCUACGGCACCAUGGACAGCUCCCACCUCUUCCACCUCAAGCCGCCGCACGCCUACGGCGCCGCGCUGGAGCCCUUCUUCGAGAGCGGGCUGGCGGAGGGCGCCAGCCCCGCCUUCGACGGGCCGCUCAGCCCGCCCCUCAGCGUGAACGGCAACUUCUCCUUCAAGCACGAGCCGGCCGCCGACUUCGACAAGAGCUACGCCUUCUCCAUGCACUACCCCGCCGCCGCCGCCGCCGCCGCGCUGGCCGCCGCCCCCGCCCACGCCGCCAUCUUCCCGCCCGCCGCCUCCCGCUGCGAGAUCCCGGUGGACGGGCUGGCUUCCUACGAGGGCCACCCGCACCACGAGCGCGUCCUCAGCGCCCAGCUCAACGCCAUCUUCCACGACUGA